AUGUGUGACCAGCAGAAGCAGGUACAGUUCCCUCCAUCUUGUGUCAAAGGUUCAGGAACAGGAGGUGCUCAAACUGUCAAGUCUGUGAAAUGCCCAGCUCCAUGCGAGACCCAAACCAUUGUGAAGUGCCCUACUCCAUGCCCGACUCAGACCUACGUGAAAUGCCCAGCUCCCUGCCAGCCGCAAACCUGUGUGAAAUAUGUAACUCCUUGCCAGACAUACGUGAAGUGCCCAGCUCCGUGCCAGACAACCUAUGUGAAGUGCCCAGCACCAUGCCAGACAACCUAUGUGAAAUGCCCAGCUCCAUGCCAGACAACCUACGUGAAGUGCCCAGUCCCCUGCCAGACUCAGACAUGCUAUGUCCAGACCCCUUGCCAGACCUACUAUGUUCAAGUUCCUGCUAGUGGCUCUGUCUCUACUGGUGGCUAUGCAGCUAGUGGCUAUGCCCCUGACCCCUGCUCUGCUCCUUGCUCCACCAGCUACUGCUGCCUGGCUCCCAGGACCUUUGGGGUGAGUCCCCUGAGACGCUGGGUCCAACGACCUCAGGGCUGCAGUUCAGGAUCAUCCGGCUGCUGUGCUACUUCUGGAUGCUGUAGUUCUGGUGGCUGUGGCUCUGGAGGUUGUGGCUCUGGCAGCUGUGGCUCUGGCGGCUGUGGUUCUGGCGGCUGUGGCUCUGGGUGUUGCGGCUCCAGUUCCUGUGGCUCUGGAUGCUGUUGUUUGGGAAUUAUUCCCAUGAGAUCCAGAGGUCCUGCAUGCUGUGAUCGCGGGGAUGACUGUUGCUGUUAA